ACCAUUGUCUGUGUAUUGAUUGAAGUGUUGUGCAAUUGCAGACAUCGAUGGCGCGGACCAAACAGAGACAAACGGCUCGCAAGAGCACCGGCUCUUGGAGUCAAUCCAACAAAUACACGACUCUUAUGAAGAAGUUGGAGACCAAGACUGGGAAGGGGUCGGGAAAGGGACGCAAAUCAACGGGCGGUAAGAGUCAACUCAUCAAGAAGAAGACCUUUCGCUAUAGACCGGGAACUAUAGCUCUUCGAGAGAUCCGUCGCUAUCAGCGAACGACUGAACUCUUGAUUCCGCGGCUUCCGUUCCAACGAUUGAUUCGUGAGAUCGCGUCUGACUUUCGAGACGCCCUACUCUUCCAGUCGGCGGCGUUGGGCGCUCUGCAGGAGGCGGCGGAGGCCUAUUUGGUGGGACUCUUCGAGGACACGAAUCUGUGCGCCAUUCACGCCAAGAGAGUGACGAUUAUGCCCCGAGAUAUUCAGUUGGCGCGAAGGAUUCGUGGCGAACGCACUUAAAUGCAUGCAAACCAUUCACCACUUGUUUGACCAUUCAUUCAGACAUUAUUUCCAGAAAUCUCU